AGGAAGCUCGCGAUCGUCAUGGUGCAGGUCCUGCUCGGCGCUCUCCGCGCCGCUGGGUGCCGCGCCUCCGUCGCCAGGUCCCUGGCCACGCGCAGCGCGCUGCAGCACGCCUUCUCCACGCAGUCCAGCGUGUACACUUGGGGCAACGGCACGCUGGGCCAGCUGGGCCACGGCCCCGUGGUCAAGUCGGGCAUCCGCAACGCGUACGAGGAGCUCACGCCCAAGCUGCUGGAGGCGUUCGAGGGCAAGGCCAUCACGCACGUCGAGUUCGGCGCCAGCCACAGCGCUGCCAUUGACGAGGAUGGCAAGCUCUACGUGUGGGGCUCGAACGAGUACAGCAAGCUGGGACUCGGAGAGAGCAGCGAGAUGGAGACGCUCCCGCGCGAGGUGGAGGCGCUCAAGGGCGUCAAGAUCGUGGACGUGUCCUGCGGAGACUAUUUCACGGCCGCCGUGGACGCAGAUGGCAAAAUGUACUCGUGGGGCUGGGGCGGCUCCACCAUGAAGGGCGCGGGUGGUCUGGGCCACGCCGGCGGCAAGGACGAGCCCACGCCGCGACUGCUGACGACGCUGGUGGACCAGGGUGUACCCAUCUUGACGGUGGAGUGCGGCGAGUUCCACACGGUGGCGCUGUCCAAGGACGGCGAGAUUUGGGCCUGGGGCAACGGCGAGUACGGACGCCUGGGCAACGGCGAGUCCGACACGUGCGAGGUGCCUGAGCCUAUUGAGUUCUUCUCCAAGGACAACGUCGUGUCCAUUGCCGCUGGCCGGGACUUCUCCUUCGCGCUCACGGACAACGGCGAGCUCUACAGUUGGGGAGGCAACAGCCAGAACCAGUUGGGCAUUGGCGGUGGUCUGGCCAUGGACGUGUACAACAUCGAGUCGAUCCCCGUCCUGGUGGAGGCGUUCAACGGUCUGUCGGUCAAGCAGAUCGCGGCUGGCUACGACCACGCGGCCGCUGUGACGGACGACGGACGGCUGUACAUGUGGGGCUCCAAGAUCUGGAUCGAGCCGCACGAGAUGACGGCUGUGAACGAGUACAAGAUGGUGCAGGUCGCUUGCGGACGGCAAUACACCGUGGCUCUCUCGGAGAACGGCGAGGUCUUCACGUUCGGCAAGGGCAGCUCCAACUGCCUGGGCCACGGCGACCGCAAGAACCAGCUGCAGCCUGUGCAGAUCGAGGCCCUGGCCGACGUGAACAUCACCUCGAUUUCGUGCGGCGACUACCACAUGGGCGCCAUCGCGACACCCCACGCCGAGGCCGCGGACAAAGACUUUUCCUUCCGGGAGUAG